AUCCACAUUCCUUGGCCAGACUGCUUGUGGCCAUAGCAUCCCCAUCUAUCGACGAGCCGAUGAUUGACGGCUGAAUCCUGGCCUCGAUCGGCUUCCCGGCAAUGGAAUUAUGAAUCAUUGUCGAUUUCAAGGUCUCACGUAUGCAAAUCUCCGCCGGUGGUCUUGGGCCUCUGCAACGAUCCUACUCACAUUGCUGGUGAUGACCCGGCUUCUUCGUUUUCUUCAAGUUAGCAGGACUCUGCACCCGGCGGAGCCGCAACAGCCGUCCUCUGGACCUUUUCCUGGGGGACAUGGACAGCAAUCUUUGCGAGGUAGUCGUGUUGGGGUCACCCAUACGUGCACAGUCCUAGCAUUCGAUGAGAUUCCAGGUCAAGCGGUACCAGCGAGACUGUACUUUGUAUGGAUGAAGGCUACUAGCAUCCUCGAAGCUGUACGCCGUGCUACCAUAAACAUCGUCGGUUACACUACCUUUGCCCGGGCAGGUAUCGCGUGAGGAUAGAUUCGACCAUGAUCAGCGCGCCACGUUCAACAACAGAGGAUUGAAGCUUCUGCCUCACGAUUUCGGGGUCUGAUCGCUCAGGUUGUUUUAAUAAGGCUGGCGGUGCCCUAGUGAGCACCUGCAGUCCGAGUCACCGACCACUCACGGAAAAUAGUCGUAUGUAAUGGUGGAACAU